CGCCCAGGUCAGUAACACCCGGGAGAGGAGGGGUUGCGCAGGCGCUUCGCUGAACAAAGCAAGCUGACGGGCCGUGCGAGGAGGGCUGCUCAGGCGCUGAGCGCGGUGGUGUCCUUUGUUGCCUGUUCGCUGUGCCCUUUCUCCUCGCACCACCUCCAUUAUGCUCUGCCGAUUAAUUGCCCGGGGCAGCUGCAGAAAUAGUAGUAAAUUGAUUGCACCUCUUGGGUGUCUGGUAUCUAGGCAAAAGCACACUCUUCCUGACUUGCCUUAUGAUUAUGGGGCCCUGCAACCUCACAUUAGUGCAGAAAUUAUGCAGCUUCACCACAGCAAACAUCAUGCUGCAUAUGUAAAUAAUCUGAAUGUUGCUGAAGAAAAAUACAAAGAGGCCUUGGCAAAAGGUGAUGUGACUGCUCAGGUAUCCCUUCAGCCAGCUCUGAAGUUCAAUGGUGGAGGUCACAUUAAUCAUACUAUUUUCUGGACAAACCUUUCUCCGAAUGGUGGAGGGGAGCCAACAGGAGAACUUAUGGAAGCUAUUAAACGUGAUUUUGGCUCCUUUGGGAACUUCAAGGAGAAACUGACAACUGUUUCAGUUGGUGUGCAAGGCUCAGGAUGGGGAUGGCUGGGUUUUAACAAAGAUCAAGGUCGACUGCACGUUACAGCCUGUUCCAAUCAAGAUCCUCUCCAAGGAACUACAGGUCUCAUUCCCCUUCUAGGAAUUGAUGUAUGGGAGCAUGCAUAUUAUCUUCAGUAUAAAAAUGUUAGACCCGACUAUCUCAAAGCUAUCUGGAACGUGAUCAAUUGGGAAAAUGUAUCUUCAAGAUAUGCAGCUUGCAAAAAGUAGAUAAAAAUUAUUGUACAGACUCAUUAAAGGAAGAACCUUGGUAUUCCUUGCAUUAUUUUUGUAGUAACGUAAUGGCUAAUUGCUCCACCACUGAAAAUAUUAAAGCACAUCAAACAACAGCUCUAAAUUUUUGUCUAAUUUGGUGAAACUGCUAAUCUGGCCUUCAAACACAGGAAUUCUUUAUCCAGUGCUCUGAAAUUAUACCAUUCUUUAUAAAACAUCAGUAUGGGAUUACAACUGAAGUUCCUCUUGAUAUGUGAGUUGAUGAUGACUCUUUCAAGUGGGUUUCUUGCAAUGCAAAGAAAAAAACUAGGUGUAUCAAAUUCAGAAGGAGAGUCCAAAAUUAUAGCGCUGCCAGAGCAUUUUAGAGUAUGAAUGAUACCCCAACAUUGCAUGAGCAGAAUUCCCCUUCCUCUCCUCCCAUUUGCAGUUCCCCAGAUUCCAUUGGGGUCUCCAACUCUAGAGCAGAUUUGAUGGGUGAACAGGGGAAGAAUAAGGGGAAGUCCUGUUGUGGAACAGAAGUCUGUUCCUCUUGUGCAUGGGCAUCAUGGAAUAUCGCCUUAGGUUUCAUUAAAGGAUGGUAUGUAUGUUAGAGGUUGCUAGUGCUUGAGUAAAAGAUAAUUCAUUAUAGUCAGAGGUCUGGCAAAUACUUGUUAGUUACAACAUCGAGAUUCGUAACGUGUGAGCUGCUAAAGACAGUGGGCUAACUUUUAGGAAAUUUGCUUUUGAAAGUAAGAAAAUGUCAGACAGACAAAAAACACAAGAGAUGCAUUGCACUAAAUAUAUAGGAUGUCAGGUUUGUGGUUAAGAGUAUUUAAUAUGUGUGUGUGUUUGUCUUCAAAUGGGAAAUAUCCAUUGCUAUUUCUGUAGAAUAUUAAUGCAUAAUUAAAUUGUUUUCUAAUUUU